AUGGCAAAAGUAAGGUACUACUACAAUGACCAAUUCGAAUCAGAUGAUUUACUUUCUACAACCUUCUCUUGUCAAGAAUCUCCAUUCCUUAAUCAAGUCAACCCUCAAUUCAGAGAUAACAUUAAUGUUCAAUUGGUAUUUAACAAGAAAAUAAUGCCACCACUUGAAAACCAAUCUCUUGCUCAAAUUGAAUUGGAAAAAACUUUUGAUGGCUGUCAAGAUGUCACAAUUAUUUAUACUGAUCUAUCAAGUGAUGGAAAAUUUUGUGGUUACAUGAAAACGUAUUUGGUUUCUGGUGAUGAUGAAAUAUUUACAAGGAAUUCAUUGGUUAGAAACUUGUUGGAUUUGGUCAACCAGUUCGAUAUUCCAUACGAAACAGUCUUUGAGAAUUUCAGAAACCUUAUUUCUCAACGUGUUUUACAUGUCAAUUCCAAAAGUUCUGGUUUUUCAAAGUAUUUCAAUGGUAAUGAAAGAAGAUAUAUUAAUGGUUUAGGUAUUUUUGGUGCUUUGAAGAAACUAUUCGAAACGGACAAUAAGCUUUCGAAUAGUUUGAGUCAUUAUUAUGAAAAGAAGAAAUUAGUUGACCGACUUUACAAACACGGAAUUUAUCAUUAUUCUUCUUUUUGUAGACUCAGUCUUAUUCCACUAAUUGGAUUUGAAGGAAAAGAAGGUGAGAGAAUUAAUGUUUCGUCUCUGAUACAAGCAAGAGAUAUCUAUUCGAAACAUGAACAAUUGUAUUUAUGUGCUGAUGUCGAUUCAGAACUAACUAUGGGUUUUCAUGACAUGUUGAUUUCAGAAUUAGCUACACAAGUUUGUGAUCAGGGAGGCGAAAUUCCUGAAACUGGAUGCAGAAUUCCAGGUUUUUUGGAAGCUUUUGGAAGAUUAGGCAAGUUUCUAAUAGAAAGUUGGAAGAUUGGAGUAGGACUUGUUUGUUGUUUGGUAAUUCCAGAGUUAAUUCCUUUGGCAGCAAUAGUUGUUGGAGUUUUUUGUUAUUAUUCUGUUUCAUCAUUAAAAAGAAAAGAAGUGAGAAUUCUUCUAGCAAAGAAAGUCAAAUCAGACGAAACUGGAUCAAUUUGUUUUUAA